CUACACAAUUAGAAAGAAAAAAUUAGAUAUGUCUCCACAAACAUAAAUAAGAUUAAUUGUUUAGAAUAUUAAAUAUACCGAGAAAAUUAAUUAUAUUGGUGUGAGCGGGUACCCAUGGGUCGGGUUGACCUAAACCCAAACCCAACCCAAUCCGAUAAAUAGUGAAUGGAUUUAAACCCAAACCCGGCUCAAAACCCGUCAACAUGGAUUUUACCCACGUUGACUAGGUUGGGUCGUGUGGGUACCCAUAGGUUUGGGUUUUGUUGCCAUCCUAUCACCAAGUGACUUGAGAAACUUCAUUAGUGUUUUGAUUUACAGAGUCCCUAGUAUAAGAAGAGUACCUCAGAUGGAUAUCCAAGAGAGUAAUAUGUAAUGCUUUCCUUGGACACAGAUGACUCAAGCAUCCCGUAUCCGAUGUAGAAAAGAGCCGUUGGAGAAAUUAGGCAAAGACAAAACGACAACUUGGACUCCUUCUUAACUAAACCCAAACGUUCGGGACGACACACAAGUGAAAGUAAGUAAAGGCCCCUUGCCUGCUGCACGUGAUUGACAAAACUAGCCGUUACCAUCCAUUAAAACCCCCAAACCCACUCUCCCUUCUUCAUUUUCCCCCAUCUUCACUUCACUUCAUUCGCCCAUUUCUCCACCACCUUCGCUUAACACAUACACUCUCUCUUCUCUUCUUACACGUUCAUGGAACGUUACAGUUCCAUUCACAGGAACGCCCCAUUCUACCACCUUCAUACCAAGUUGUCAUUGUUCUUCCUCUUUUCCCUUUCAGCUCUAACCUCGCACUUGGCUUCUUCCCAGAAAUGGGAUGGAGUUGCCGUCACUAAAUCCGACUAUCGCUCCCUUCGAGCCAUCAAAAACGAGCUCGUCGACUUCCGGGGAGUCCUCCGUAGCUGGAAUGACAGCAGGCUCGGAGCAUGUUCAGGCGGAUGGGCGGGUGUCAAAUGCGUCAAGGGCCAAGUCAUAGCAAUCCAGCUUCCAUGGAGAGGACUCGGUGGCAGGAUCUCCGAUAAGAUUGGGCAGCUGCCCGAGCUAAGAAGGAUCAGCUUCCACGACAAUGUCCUAGGUGGGGAAAUCCCUCCAUCUCUUGGCUUCCUCCGUAACCUCAGAGGCGUUUACCUCUUCAACAACCAGCUCCGUGGCUCCAUCCCUCCUUCCAUCGGUAACUCCCCUGCUCUUCAAGCUCUCGAUCUUAGUAACAACUUGCUAAACGGUCCCAUUCCUCCUAGUUUAGCAAACUCAACCAGGCUAUAUCGGUUGAACCUGAGCUACAAUUCCUUGACCGGUUCUAUCCCGGCUGGUCUCUCUCGUUCUCCUUCUCUGGUCUUCUUGGCUCUUGAACAUAAUAACCUCUCUGGCUCUAUCCCAGCGAGUCUUAGCCAGUUGGGUUUGGUUCAAGAGAUUUCUCUGGGUCAAAACCGAAUAUCCGGAGCCAUACCAAAUGAACUAGGAGCCUUGUCCACCCUCCAGAAGCUAGAUUUGUCCAACAAUGCCAUCAAUGGAACAAUCCCUUCAAGCUUCACCAAUCUCUCCUCUCUAGUUUGGUUGAACCUAGAGGGGAAUCUCCUCGACGGCCAAAUCCCAGAAACCAUAGACAGAUUGCACAACCUUACAGUGCUUAACCUGAACAACAACAAAUUCCAAGGCCCCAUCCCACCUACUAUAGCCAACAUAUCUUCCAUAACCGAACUCGAUUUGUCUCAGAACAAUUUCAGUGGAGAAUUUCCAGCUUCCCUUUCUCGUCUAUCGAAUCUCAACUCGUUCAACGUGUCCCACAACAAUCUAUCCGGUAGUGUCCCUUCUCUUCUUGCCAAAAAGUUCAAUUCAAGCUCUUUCACUGGAAACCUUCAACUAUGUGGCUACAGUUCUUCAACCCCUUGUCCUUCCUCUGCACCCAUAUCUCUUCCAUCAUCACCAUCCCCCGAGUCUGCGACCGAGAACCACACUCGGCAUCGCAAGCUUAGCACCAGAAACCUCGCACUGAUUAUAGGGGCUUCCGUGGUGGCUUCCCUGCUGCUACUCUGCUGCUGCCUGCUCUGCUGUUUGAUGAGGAAAGGAUCUUCUGGUUCGAAACAGAAGAACGGCAAAGUCACGGCUCGAGGAGCCCUGGGGAAAACGGAGAAGAAGGCAUCUGCAGUCUCCGGGCAGCCUGACGUUGAAUCAGGCAGGGAGAUGGGCGGAAAAUUGGUCCAUUUCGAUGGGCCGUUUAUCUUCACGGCUGAUGAUUUGCUGUGUGCAACUGCUGAGAUCAUGGGGAAGAGCACCUAUGGAACUGCGUACAAAGCAACAUUAGAAGAUGGCAAUCAAGUUGCAGUGAAGAGAUUGAGAGAGAAGACGACAAAGGCGCAGCGUGAAUUCGAGAUCGAAGCUGCCGCAAUUGGGAAGAUUCGUCACCCGAAUUUAGCAGCUCUCCGAGCUUAUUACAUCGGACCUAAAGGAGAGAAGCUGCUGGUAUUCGACUACAUGCCUAGAGGAAGCCUUUCAGCUUUCCUCCAUGCUCGUGGCCCGGAGACCAUUAUUGAUUGGGCAACAAGGAUGAAUAUAGCCAUGGGAAUUGCUCGAGGGCUGAAUCAUCUCCACACAAAUGAGAAUAUAAUCCAUGGAAACCUCACCUCAAGCAAUGUGCUCCUCGACGAGCAAACAAACGCCCACAUCGCCGAUUUCGGGAUCUCCCGUCUCAUGACCGCUGCCGCAGCCGCAAACGUGAUUGCAACCGCGGGAACCCUAGGUUAUCGAGCGCCGGAGCUGUCAAAAAUGAAGAAUGGCAGCACGAAGACGGACGUUUUCAGUCUCGGGGUAAUAAUUCUGGAGCUGUUGACCGGGAAAUCGCCAGGAGAACCGACGAACGGCAUGGAUCUGCCGCAGUGGGUAGCUUCGAUAGUGAAGGAGGAGUGGACUAAUGAAGUGUUUGAUUUGGAGAUCUCGAAAGACUCGACCACCAUUGGCGAUGAGCUACUUAAUGUUCUGAAAUUGGCGUUGCACUGCGUCGACCCAACGCCGUCUGCUCGGCCGGAAGUUGAGCAGGUUCUUCAGCAGCUGGAGGAGAUAAAGCCGGAUCUGGCGGCGGCAGCGCCUCUUGCUGAAUCCGAUGCCGGGGCCGAAGAACACCUACCUACUACCGCUAAUUAGUGAUUCGGCUUCUCCUCACACGGCGUCGUUUAUUAAGACAGUAUUUUAUUUCUCAAAUUCUUUCAUUAUUUAUUUGUUUACUUCAUAUAUAUGAAUAUUUGUUGCUCAAUUCUUGGUGUAUACAUAUAUAGGGAGAGAAGCAAAAAUGAGUUCUUUUUCAACAGUGAAAAAUAAUAAUGAGUUGUUCUCAUAGGCUCAGUUAGGGUUGGUUGCUGUAUUAAUUUCAUAUGGAAAAAAGAGAAAGGUUGUUGUCAUUAAGCAUUCUUUAGUCUUCAAUUCAAUAUAGUCCGU